AUGUACAUUGCCAAGGAGGAGUCCUUUGGCCCCAUCAUGAUCGUCUCCGUCUUUGAGGACGUGCAGUCGCAGGCGGACAUUGAGAAGCUGGUCGCUCGGGCGAAUGACACCGAGUUUGCCCUCGCCUCGGGCGUCUUCACGCGGGACAUCUCCAAGGCGCUCCUCGUCUCAGAGAAGAUCAACGCCGGCACCUGCUUUAUCAACUGCUACAACAAGACGGACGUCGCCGCCCCCUUUGGCGGCUUUAAGCAGUCAGGCUUUGGAAAGGAUUUCGGCGCCGAGGCGCUCAACGAGUACCUGAAGACAAAGACGGUGACGGUGGAGUACUAA